GACGGAUUAGCUGAUGCUGGCUAUACGCUGCAAAAGCGAUGAUGUAUGGCUGCUCUCGCUUCUGCUUGCAAGGUAAGAUGCAGCGUGUGUGCUGGCAGAUCUGAUGGCACAGGCAGUUUAUGUCCAAGCCGAAUUUCAUUGCUCGUUGAUGUGCUGCCGCAGCGUGUUUUUCUCUGAUUGCGUCGGUCUUCUCGUUGGUGCCUCCUGCUGCCAUUUUUCCUCAUCAUCUUGCCGCCUCACCAGGCUCCCCCUCAUCAUCUCUCCGUAUUUGCUUUGUGUCUCCCUGUCUCUUCUCCCUCAACCCCCGCAUGAAGCAGUAUCAAUUUGUAUCACACGCACCCUACGAAACUGUACCAGAGCCGAAGGCAGCCGUGCAGCGCAGCCCCACUGCAGAGUCAUGCGCCGUGCGAUGGCACUGAUCGCGGGGGCGUUCGCUCUCGUCGCCGCAUGUGACGCGCUGUCGCCGGGGCGAGGGCGGGGCGACCUGGAGGGGCUCGGCGGUGAGCUCGGCGGCGGCGACGGCGCGGACUUCGGCGUCACGAGGGGCGGCAUCCCCACCUGGGCCGGCGAGGACGUGGCGGAGGCCGAGGCGGCGGCGGUGCGCGCCAGGGAGGAGGCUGCGAGGAUCGUCGCGCAGGAGGGUGCCGACGCCCGCAUGUCCGCCCGCCAGAUGGACGCCAUCAAGCGCCGCGCGGAGUCCCAGUUCCAGCAGGAGGAGCGCGAGGAGGGCCUGCUCACCAACGUGGUCGACAAGAUGGACCGCGAGGUCGACCAGGCGGACAGCGAGGUGAAAGACCUCGAGCGGAAGCUUGGGCAGCUGGAGGGCGCCGUGAGGCGCGGCCGCCUCGACAGCAGGAAGGAUGCCGGCGGCGCCGGCGGCGUCGCCGAGUGGACCGUGGCCCCGGAGGACGAGCAAGAGCCGGGCGGCACGUGGUACGACGAGAAGGUUGACCCGGCUGUCAGGCGCCAGCAGCGGGCGCUGGCACGCGAGGAGAAGGCGUUCGGCCAGGAGCAGAGCCAGGAGGCCAAGCUGAUGGUGCACGCGCGCGGGUUGGUGGACCGGUCCAAGGCCCAGGAGAGGAUGUACCUGCAGCGGCGCGGGGCGCUCGAGCACGACCUGAAGGUGAGGUUCGUGCAGGAGGCGGGCGCCCUGCGCCAGGCGGCGGCGAACGGCACCCUGUCCGAGGGCGAGGCGCUGCGCCUGCUCGACAUCACCAGCGGGGACCUGGCCAACAUGACCCGCACCCUCUCCGGCUUCGGGCCCAAGGACGUGCCCGCCCUCUGGAUCGAGGAGCGCCUCGAGGCCUCCCGCAGGAAGUCCGCCGCCUCCUCGGCCAAGAUGGUCGAGGCGAUCAGGCACAAGCUGGAGACCUUCAAGAGCACCCACCUCGACUACGACGACAAGCAGUUCUUGGCACGGCUGGCCCAGCUGUUCAGCGAGGCCAAGGCCGAGAUCAAGGAGUUCGAGGAGACGAGGGACAUGAUCAUGAAGCGCCUCCAGGGCUGGGACAAGUCCAACGGCGAGAAGCUCACGUACACUCUUGCCCUGGCCAUCGACGGAGCGACGAGCAGCGGUGAGUUCAGGAGCCACCUCCUGCGUGCUGACACGGACAGCCUUCGCCACGCGGACAUGGGCCAGGCGUGCGAGUUGCUCGGCAACGUGAUCCACAGCAGCAUGCAGCCGGCCUACAAGAGUCUCCAGCAGCAAAAAGCGACUCUCGACGGCAUGAGCAAAAUCGUACCAACCAUCACCGCGACGAUGCCGUCCUACAUUCAAGAGACCAUGGCGAACCGCACCGCCGCUUUGCUGGAGAUGGCCUACGGGGAGAAUCUGGCACUCAAGGAGACCGCUGCCAACAUCCUGAAGGAGGCCUCGCCGGUCGUCCUGAGCCGCCUCCACUGCGCCAUGCGCAGCGCCUCCCUGCGCCCCGGCUUCGCUGCCGCCGUCGCCGCUGCGGCGCUGGCCUGGCUGGCACAGUGAGGGGGCGGCUGCGAGCGCCCCUCCUCCGCCGUCGCGUGCCUCGAUGGCCCGGCCCGUCUUCCCUCCCCUCGCCCGCGCCGUCUCCGAGCUCCGUCCAUCCCUCUGUAGCACGCGCCGCUCCUCGUCCUGCUGCUCCCGCCCCUCCUCUGGCGCAUCCUCCCCAAUUGCUGCUCCGCCUGCGGCAGAUCGGCCCUGCAUGUGUCAGGAACGCACGCGCGCCUUCGAAGUUCGACUCUUGCUCAGCACGCUCCACCUCCUCCUCCGCCUCCUCCCGCAUCGCUCACCGUGAUCCCGCUCCUCAUCCAGCCUCGGCCUCUGUGUGCGUGUGUCUCCGCCUGGGCCGCCGCCACCCGCCGCCGGGGCAGCCGCCGGGCGCACCCAGCCGGCGUUCCGGCC